AUGUCAAACCAACAACGCAGAGAUCCUCCACUUGCUGGUCGCCCUCCCUUUGCGACUGACGAGGACGAUAGUGUAUACAACAAUCCGCCAGCUGCUCAGCCCAGGGUGCGUCAACCGCAGCCACCCCAGAAUGCUCGCAGCGACUCUAUGUAUCAAGCUUGGGACAACUACCUUCACACCGACAAGGACAGCCGGCCAAACUCGGGUGCGGGAGGUAUUGGAAUGGGCUUGAUGAAUGGAGGAUUGGAUGAUUCCGACGACGAAGACGCUCCACCCGCACGCGCUCAACCCAGGGCCAAUGCACCGGCCAAGUCGAGCAAUCUCAAUCCUGGGUCGCAGCGACCUAACAAUGGAGACGCGCCUAGGGGCAUACUGCAAACACAACCCCUAGCACGACCGGCUCCUGCGGCCGCGCCUGGAGCGGCCACUCGCCAAGGUUCCUACGACCGGCCACAGUAUCCUCAAAACGGCCAACAGCAACAGGGUGCAGGCGGGUCCCAGCGCACCGGUGUACAGCGCCCGGCCGCCGCCCAACUCCGAGUUGACGUCCCGCCGCCUGGGAUGCCACGCGCACCAAUGCCUGCAUUCAUGCACUCGCCUUCCCCGUCGCCAUCACUAAAUCCGCAUCCCCUGAACGCGCCAUCAACGCCCAUCACGCCGGUGUUCGCGCGGCCCAGUUUCCAAGAACCGGAACGCAAGGUCGAGUUCGCCAAAGAUGCGAUUAUGCGUGGUAACUCUGAGGAAACACUGCUCCCAAGAAACACACCAAAGGGUGAAGAGUUCUGGCGCAGGUUCAGCGUCGUCGCCAAGGAAGACCCGAAACGAAAGAAGAGCAAAUGGCUAUCGUCUACCAUGGGAAACAGUCGGAGCAUGACACGCUGGAUUUGGUGCAUUUCCAUUUUCUUGCUCUUGGCCAUUGGCGCUGGUAUCGGUUUCGGGUGGUACUUCACACACAACAAUGCACCGUCGCUCCCUGUUGCCAUUGGAGGGUCUGCCAACGAGUCGCAAAUCUCGACUGCUCCGCACACGACCGCGGCGGCGGCUGCGGGCGGCACGUCUCGCACGCUCAUUGCUCCACUUGCAGUUGAGACGAAGCGAUCACUCCAUGCGCGAAGAGAUCAUUCAGACUUAUUCCCAACCGAGUCUGCGAAAUUUGCCUUACCCACGGAACGCGCGGAACAUUUUGCUCAGCACCGCUACCACCGACGAUCACUAGAGAGACUUAAUUAA